AUGGAUCACCACGGCGAAGUCGCCCUGCCCCACGGGCAAGCCGUGCCUGCAACAAUGCAAGCCGGAGGCGGCGUGCCCGAAGAGUCCCAACGAUCCCAGCUACUCCACAGCUUACACGAGACAAUCACAAACUACGCCAGAAGAGCAUGGGAAGCAAGCCAAGGGCAGGAAAGCUUCGAAUCAUUCCUACACUACCUGCAGAGCAACUCUGGCAGCGCUCUCGCACCACCCCCACCGACAGAUCUAUCCUACCCCAUCUCGAACUACUACAUUUCCUCGAGUCACAACACCUAUUUGACCGGCAAUCAACUCACGAGCGACUCGAGCACCGAGGGCUACAAAAACGUGCUGUUGAGAGGGUGCCGGUGCGUCGAGAUCGACGUCUGGGACGGCGAGGAUGAUUCACCCUCGUCCUCUGAGAACGAAGCCGAGGAGGGGGAAGAGCGAAGUCUCCGCAAGCGCCUGAAAGGACUGCUGAAGGGGAAGUCGUCGGCCAGGGACAAGCUGAGGUCUGCUCCUCCAGCAGCUCCGCCUAACAGCGCAGCUUCGGAAAGGAUCGAGCCGUGGCGAGUGGACACAAACCGUGUUGAGCCGAGGGUCCUCCAUGGGUAUACCGCGACGAAGGAGGUCCCCUUCCGGGACGUGUGCUCUGCGAUCCGAGACUAUGCAUUUGUUACAAGCGAGCUGCCUGUUAUCAUCAGUCUCGAGGUCCAUACCAGUCUAGAGCAGCAAGCGAUCAUGGUGGAGAUCAUGGAACAGUGUUGGAAAGACAUGCUCAUGAAGCCGCCUGCCAACCCUGACGAUUGCGCCGACCUGCCUCUCCCACAGCUCGCGGAUCUGAAAAGGAAGAUCCUAGUGAAGGUUAAGUACUCUCCUCCGACGCCGCCUGCGGAAGCCAAUCAAGCGCCUGUCCAAGAGCCUGAAGAUACAUCCUCAGGCUCGGAUGAAGACAUGCCGGCGAAAGUGAAGAAACCGAAGAGCAAGAUGCUCGAAGAGCUAAGCCGGCUAGGAGUGUACACGCGGAGCUACCACUUCAAGAGCUUCAGCCAGCCUGAGGCCAGAAUACCUACCCACAUCUUCUCCUUAUCAGAAGGCGUUCUGAUGGAGGUUCACGAAAGCGACCCUCGAGGGUUAUUCUCGCACAACAAGAACUUCCUGAUGCGCGCCUAUCCCAAAGGCGUCCGCUUCUCUUCCUCGAAUCUCGACCCGGCAGUCUUCUGGCGCAAAGGCGUCCAGAUCGUUGCCUUGAACUGGCAGAAGUGGGACGCUGGCACCAUGCUCAACGAAGCCAUGUUCGCCGGCACGGGCGGUUGGAUUCUGAAGCCGGAAGGCUACCGCGGCGUCUCGGAUGCCACGCAGCAGCAGCAUGCUGCUUCGUACGCGAAUCUCGACAUGUAUAUCGAAUUUUUCGCUGGGCAAGAUCUUCCUCUGCCGCCAGAUGAGAAGGAGAGGAGCUUCAAGCCGUACGUCAAGGUCGAACUACACGUUGAGAAGCCCGAAGAGCGGCUCGGCGAGCGAAUACCUGGCGGCGGCGAGGCACGCGAGGGAGAGUACAAGCGGCAUACGGCGACAACGAGGGGCUGCAGUCCUGACUUCAGGCGCGAGGUCCUGAGGUUCGACGGCGUGACGGGGGUGGUGCCGGAACUCAGCUUCGUCAGAUUCAAGGUCAUGGACGACGACAGGAUGAAGGAUGAUCUAGCCGCUUGGGCGUGUUUCCGUCUUGACCGCCUCUCGAGUGGGUAUCGUAUGAUCCAUCUUUUCGACUGCGCCGGCGUGCAGACCAAGGGCGUCCUCUUUGUUCGCAUUCGCAAGCAACUGUCCGUUAGCGCUGGGACCUAA